AUGGUUAAUUCGCAAAGACAUGUUGUUGAUAUCGAAGAUGAACCUUUAUUAAAACCAAAUCCUAGAAGAUUCGUUUUAUUCCCUAUACAGUUUCAUGAGAUCUGGCAAAUGUACAAAAAGGCCGAAGCUUCAUUUUGGACUGUUGAGGAAGUUGACCUUUCCAAGGAUAUGAAUGAUUGGGAGUAUAAACUUAACGAUGAAGAAAAAUUCUUUAUUUCUCACGUUUUGGCCUUCUUUGCCGCCUCGGAUGGUAUUGUCAAUGAAAAUUUAGUGGAACGUUUUAGUAAUGAAGUCCAAAUUCCAGAAGCAAGAUGUUUUUAUGGAUUUCAGAUCAUGAUCGAAAAUAUCCAUUCAGAAAUGUACUCCCUCUUGAUUGAUUCUUAUAUCAAGGAGCCAUCUCAAAGAGAAUACCUAUUCGAUGCCAUUGAGAAUAUCCCUUGCAUUCGAAAAAAAGCGGAUUGGGCUCUUCGAUGGAUUUCCGAUAAGGAAUCUUCAUUUGCUGAACGUCUUGUAGCGUUUGCCGCUGUUGAAGGAAUAUUCUUUUCUGGAGCUUUCGCGUCAAUCUUUUGGUUAAAGAAAAGAGGAAUGAUGCCAGGAUUAACUUUUUCCAACGAACUAAUUUCUCGAGAUGAAGGAUUGCAUUGUGAUUUUGCAUGUCUCUUAUUCACUCAUCUUCGUGCACGACCUCCAACAAAAACUGUAGAAGCUAUUAUAGCGGAAGCGGUUACAAUAGAACAAGAAUUUUUAACAGAAGCAUUACCAGUUAAUUUAAUUGGUAUGAACGCGAAUUUAAUGAAAAAAUAUAUUGAAUUUGUAGCUGAUAGAUUAUUAGUGGCACUUGGUGGAGCAAAAUUGUAUAAUUCAGAGAAUCCUUUUGAUUUUAUGGAUUUAAUUAGUUUACAAGGUAAAACAAAUUUCUUUGAAAAACGCGUAUCAGAUUAUCAAAAAGCUGGAGUUAUGAGUAACAGAGCAUCUGUCGGAUGUAAUCCCGCCGAUAAUAUUUUUACUCUUGACGCUGAUUUCUAG